UGGAGAGAGAGCUCUGCACUUUUGCGAUUCCCUGCACAUUUACACCCACGACGUCUUUCCAAUUCACAACUCUCAAUCGCAUUCACUAAUAGUCUGAAUACGACUAGGUGAUGGCAACCAACUUAAAAUACAUCGAGCUGGCGAAGCAGCUGCACCCACGGCUGCAGCGCUUCUUCGCCAAGUACCCUCCGAACCAGAUCCUCCCUACCUCGACCCGAACGAAUACAAUUAAGGACGGCGCAACGCCUAAUCCUUUUCUACCACACAAACACCCAGUCACUGGGAGAUGGCACGAUCCAGAGUUUUCCUUAAGACGGCAGGCCGAAUUGGUCAAAUUAGCAAGAGAGCAGGGAGUAGAGGAAUUAUUACCAUUUACAUCUAAGGGUACUGAAGAGCGGAUACGGACAAGAGUUGAGCAUGGUCUGAGGGUUCGUGGUACUGGUGUUGGCCAAUCUGUCAAGGGUCACUUGCAUGAAAGAAUGCUGGCAACCAAGAUGGAGAAGAGGAGAGAAGCUAUGUUGGGCAUGCCGAGACUUAUCAGGGAAUGGCGGAAGACCGGAAAGGUCAAAUGGACCAAAUAUCCAAAAUGAGCAACGAUAUUAUGAUAUUAUGACAUUACAUUGCCCACGAGGCAAAUUGUAUAAAACUUAUGUAUUACUCAAUACGAAAGAGUCCCAGCCAUAUCCCAAGCACUCAAAACAUGGCUUUCAUCGUAUCCUAGGCUGAUCUUUUCUUUCUGAAAGGGUACAGUAGAUGCUAAUAUCGCCGUACAACUAACCAAGAAAAUAUUGAGUUAGAAACGGUAGGUAUAGUUCUCAAG